AUGGAGCGACUGCCUGAGGCCAAUUAUUGGUCGGUGAUUUAUACUGAAGCCCGCAACAUACUACAUGUCGAUCAGAGUGAAUGGAACAAGCAAAAGGUCGAUAAUCUCUGGAAAACGGAAAGUUUUGUGAAAGAGAGCAUGCGCUUUGUCGGGGACGCUUGCUUUGAAAUGCGACGAAAGGUUAUGACUCCGAGUGGCAUCAACCUUUCAGAUGGCACCCAUUUACCGUUCGGCACAACGGUAGGGCUUCCUUCUAACGCCAUACACAACGAUGAUCAAUUUUAUCCUGAAGCGAAGUUGUUCGACGGUUUACGCUUCCUGAAGCUCCGAGAGAGCCAUGAUAUGAAUACAGCACGAGGAUCAUUGUUGACUGCCACUAGCAACACUUUCCUUCAGUUUGGCCAUGGCAAGCAUGGAUGGUGA